AUGGCGCCAAAAAAGAAUACAUCAAAGAGUACUUCCGCGCUCUCUCACUCGCAGCAACUGACGAUUCAGGCUGCUUCUUCAUCAUCUUCGGCGCUUCAUCACUCACCAAAUAAUUCCCCAUCCCACUCAUCAUCAAACAUUGGUGGUAGUAAUAAUGGAGGUUUUAAUAGAGAACCUUUUAAUGCUCUUGCCUACCAACAACAAUUACAAUGGAAUGACGAUGAUGUCAAUGGAAAUUUCAAUGAAAUGUUAGUGGAAAUGGGAGUACCAGAUAGUAUCAGAAGAAAACAAUUGGCAACUAAAACUGUACAGGAAAAAGUCAGACGUUUGUAUUACUUUAAAAACGAUAAUGAUCAAACUGCUGAUGAGGAUACUCCUUUCGUACUCCUUUCUCAAUGGGAAAAACACAAUUAUGAUUCUGCACGUUUGGCUCGUAUUGCUGAACUUUUGGUUGACAAGCCAAUUCGAUGGGUCAACCAAUUUAUUAUGCAAGGAGGUAUCAAACAUUUGAUCCAUUGUUUGAAUAUGACCAAUGUUCUUUCUAGAAAACAACAAUCUGAGGAAGAUGUAACACCUGCCUCCGAUAAUAUGGAAAUCGAUCAAGGAGAAUAUUCUGACUCUGAAGAUUAUACACCAAAUUUCCAUCAACAUCACCAAUCCAACUCUGAGCAAGGCGGUACAUCAACUGCUGUCUCUGAGCACGAAAGUGGAACACUCACAUCCACAAAUAUGGUUGCUACUGUAGAGGAUUUGGAAAAACAAUCCCUCUGUAUUGCUGCCUUGAAGGCCUUGUUGAAUACCAAUGUGGGUAUUGAAGAAUUUUUGGCAGAAAAAGAUGCCAUGAAAAACUUGGUUCUCAUUUUAGAUACUCCAAAUAUUGAAGCAGCUUGUGAUAUUUUACAAAUUUUGAUUGUCAUGGCCAGUUGGGCAAGUCAUGGUUUUAGUUUGGUUGUCAGUGCAUUGAGUCACUAUAGACUUGUCAAGAGAGAAAAGACCAGAUUUUAUGAUAUUAUUCAAAGAAUGACAAAAUCUAAUCUCGACUAUGCAUACUAUGCAUUGUUCUUGUUCAAUACAUUAUUGGAUCAAUCUCCUGAUGAAGGUACCAAAUCCUUGUUCAAGAAGGAAUUUAGAAAUUUGAAAUGUUUGGAAGUAAUUACAGAGCUCAAGAAUCAAAGCUUGGAAAAAUCUGUUCAAUCUAUGGAAGAUGAGGAAGCUCAAGAAUUUAUUACUGAUUUGAACAGUCAAAUGGAAGUUUUAGCUGGUGAACUGGAAGUUUGUCAAAAAGAAUUUUUGGAAAAUGAUUUAUCAGAUUCUGUAAAUGUUGUCAAGCUUCUUAAACAAAAAUUGAAUGAAGUUUCCGAUGAUGAACCUUUGAAAAAUAUGCUCUAUGAAUUGUUAACUGAAUUGAUCAUUUACAACUCGGUGGCUAUUGACAAGUCUCUUACCGAACAACAAUCAGCUCAAAAUUGGAGCAAGAUUAAACUUUUGGUUGAUGCUGGAUUGGCACCAAAGAGAGCAGAAGAAGACAUGAAAAUCAAAACAGAGAAGGAAAAACAACUUGCUGACAGAGUCAAAACCCAACAAUAUCAACUUAAUAACUUGCAAUCAGAACGCGAAUCUAUUCUUCAAGAGUACGAGACUAAAAUUGUUGAAAUUUCCAAAACUUUGGAAGAAAUUGAAAAGAAGAAGAAUUCCCUUUCUGAAGAAAAGGAAAAGUUCUUGAAAGAAAUUGAAGAACAAACAGCUCAAACUAGAAGUGAGCUUUCUGAAACUGAGAAGGAAAAGGCUACUCAACAAGAAAAGCACUCCCACAUUAAGGCUGAACUCACUCAACUCCACCAAGAAAUUGAAAAACUUAAGAAUGAAGUCUUUUCAAAGAAGGCAAACAAUGAACAAGUCCAACAUGCAAAGAAGGUACUCGAUGAUAAGAAAAAACACUGGACCAAAGAGGAGGACAAUGUUAAGAAAUUAAUUUCUGAAUGUAAUACCAAGAUUGAAACUUUGAAAAAGAAGGAGAAAGAAUUGGAAACAGAAAGGGAUCAAUUAAAGAAGAAUCCACCAACACAAGAAGAUCCUUCACUUGCACCUACAACUAGUAAUAUUCCUCUUCCUCCUGGAGUUGGUGUUCCUCCACCUCCAAUUUUGGGUGGUGGUGAUAUACCAACACCUCCUGGAAUGGGUAUUCCUCCACCACCAAUUGGUGUAGGUAUUCCAACACCUCCUGGAAUGGGUAUUCCUCCUCCUCCUAUUGGAACUGGUAUUCCUCCUCCUCCUGGUAGUGGUAUUCCAAUGCCACCUGGAAUGGGUGGUAUUCCAAUGCCUCCAGGAAUGGGUGGUAUUCCUCCUCCACCUGGUGGUAUUCCAAUGCCUCCUGGUAGUGGUAUUCCAAUGCCACCUGGAAUGGGUGGUGGAGUACCAAUGCCACCUGGUAUGGGAGGUGUUCCUAUGCCACCUGGUAUGGGUAUUCCAGGAGUGCCAAGUGUUCCUGGUAUUCCAGGAGUACCUGGUGUACCUGGUAUGCCAAUGAUGGGCCGUGGAAGAGGUGUUGGUGUUGGUGAUGGUUUACCAACAUUGCCAACUAAGGCACCAACUGAAACAACUCGUCAAGUUCACUUUGAUGCUAUCAACAAGAACAAUGUCGCAAAAACAAUUUUCAUUAAGAAGAAUAUUGCUCAAGAAACCAAUUCUAUUAUUUCCAAGCUGAAUCUUGAUGAAUUGUCAACUGUAUUCUCUACAGCAAAGAAAGAAAAAGAAGGUGAAAAAGCAGAACCAAAGGAAAAGAAGAAGGAAGUUAAAUCAUUGCUUGAUGCUAAGCGUAGUUACUCUGUAUCACUCCAAUUAGGUAGUAUCAGAGGUGUAUCAUAUGAUAUGCUCAGAAAAGCUAUUAUUGCUAUGGAUGAAGCAGUUGUGACUGCUGAUAAUAUUGGAACUAUUAAGCAAAUUGCUCCAGAACAAGAAGAAGUUGAUACUGUGAUGGGAUAUGAUGGACCGAUGGAUGAAUUGGCUGAACCAGAUAAAUUCUUCCGUGUCAUGAACGGUAUACCUAACUUGAUUGGAAGAUUGGAUGCUUGGUCAUUCAAGUUCCGUUUCAAUGAAAUGAUUUCAAAAAUUAAGCCAGAUAUUGAAAAUAUGAUUUUGGGAUGUAAGGAAGCUAGAGAAAGUGAAAAAUUCAUGGAAAUUCUUGCUGUCAUUCUUACAUUUGGUAACUUUUUGAACGGUCAACAAAAGAAGAAAAUAUCAUUUGGUUUCAAGCUCAAAUCAUUGCAAAAACUUGCUGACACCAAAUCAGGUGAUGGUAAAACUAGUUUACUCCAGUACAUUGUCGAUUUCAUUGGAGAAAAGAAGAAACACUUGAUGGACUUUGAUACUCAAUUAACUCAUAUUCAACCAGCUACACGUGUUUUGGUUGGAUCAGUUGAAGAUGAUAUCAACGAAUUGAAGAAGUGUCUCACUCAACUUUCACAACAAAUUACAAAAGCUAGGGAAAAUACCUCUGAAGAAGACAAGUUCGUUUCAACAAUGGAAAGCUUUGAACAAAAAGUUAAGGAUGAAUUGGAAGGUAUUGAAGCUAAAUUCAAGAUUAUGAAAACUGAAAUUGAUUCUCUUGCCAAGUCAUUUGAUGAAAGACCAGAAGAUUUACAAAAGGAACCUGAUAAAUUCUUGGCUCUCAUCGAUCUAUUCAUGCAACAAUUCAAACAGGCCAAUGAAAAGAAUGAACAAGCCAAAAAGGCAGAAGAAAAGAAAAAGAAGGCCGAAGAAGAAAAGGUUAAGAAGGAAGCUGCCAAACAACAACUUAAGAUCAAUUCAGCCAAGCAAAAACUUGAUGUACUUAAGAACAAAUCCACAGUUGGUGGAGGUGAAGGAAGAGGAGCUAUGGAUGAAAAGAUGCAACAAUUAAAACUUGCCACAGCUGCCAAAUCAGUUGCUCUCCGUAGAGGUGGAGCAAGAGGAGGAGCUGGAGGUGAUGAUCUCGAUGGAGGUGGUAACAUUGACAGUAGCAAACUCAACAGUGCCCUCAUUGGUAUCAAAAAGUAACAAGUCAAGUGAUAUCCAACUUGAUUUCGAAUAAAAUUAAAUAUUUAUUAU